UCUGCACAUUGGUGUGACACUUGUCUCUGCACGUGUUUAUUUGCGUCCCCUGUCCAAAAGUCAUGGAUGAUUCACCAAAAUUACAAAAAUCGGGUCUAACGCAGCAGAGUAGCGACAGCGAGUGGACUUUAUUGAGGCAGAGCAGGUUAGGAAGCCGGUCAAGAUCUCCACAGUCACCUUGAUUCUCAUAGAUAACCUGGUCCAACUUACUGCAGAAUGGGAUCCAGGCAGGGUGAUAUACCAGCACUGGAGUCUGGUGUAUCUGGGGGAUUCUUUGGGGGGUUCUCAUCCCCUAUUGGUAUGUCCCGACGAGCCUUCAGCUAUGACGAGGCCCUGGACGCACCCAUGCACUCCCCUCCCACUGACAUGAUUGUCAACAACCCCUGGAAGGACCCUCUCAUCCCACAGAGGAAGUUCAAGAGGAUUGCUGAGGAGGAAGAGAGUGAGACUGGGAAGACACUGACCUUCUCGUCCGGUCAGUUUGAUGCGGCAGCAGCAGCACCGGUCAAGCCCCCUGUCCCUGUGGUAAAGGCCAAAGCCUCCUCUCUCAUGAACACACUCAUGAUCAAGCAAACCCAGGAGAGCCUCCAGAGGUUUGAGCUCCAGGCAGGGCUGACAGAAGCUGGCUACACCCCCCACAAGGGUCUCUCUGCUGAGGACACCCACUUCCAUCGCCUGACUGUGGGGCCGAUGCCUAAGCUGAAAAUGCCAAGUGGGGACUUCAAGGAGGACAGGCUUACAACAUCAGCUCAAUCCACCCCUUGUGGCACCCCUUCCGGCACCCCGUCUGUCACCCCCUGUGUUACCCCCAGCGUCAGCCCCCACGCCUCACCGAUACUCAACCGCAGGAGCUGGUUCAACAGCCAGAGUCUUGCACCAUUUCUCGCUGCCCCGGAGCUCGGUAGUCCUAAUCUCAGCCCAGAAAUGGGAGGCAACGAGGGAGGGGGUGGAGCAGGAGGGGAGAGGUGGAGCUUCUUUGGAACUUCACGCCCAGUAGUACAGAAGUCCACUACUGACCCCGGUUCAGAAACCAACACAGGCUUCACACUACAGUCAUACUUUGGCGUGCAGAAGUCUAACACCAUGGAGGGCAUCAAGACCCAGGUCAACCUCAUGGCGGACGACCCUGCCAAGUUCAACCCCCCCAAGAUCGAGAUCAGCGGCAUCGAGGGCAACAGACCUCUCCAGACCCGCCCACACAAACUCAAACCCCGUGACAUGAACGUCCUGACGCCGUCUGGAUUCUGAUACCCCUGCCCCCUGUUGGCCAGUAGCAGGUCUACUACCCUCCUCUGUCUCCUAAGCCUCCUCAGCUUCUAUGGAACACCAAGACGGAAAAGAUGGAGGAUGAGCUAUAGAACUAUAUCCCCCAUAUUCCCUGAACCCUGAUGUUUUACCUGACCCUAUACCUGCUCCCCCCACCUCGUCUCAAUUAAAGCACCAAACUGAGCAUUUCCACCCACCUCGCCUCGAGGGUCACUUAUUUUUUAAAUUUUCUGGGUGGUUUGUCAUAUGAUGCCCUGUUGUCGUCUGCUUCUCAGUGAUGUCAUGAGAUAGAAAUGGUGGUUUUGAUGUCUCAUGAGUCCCUUGCUUUGGCGAAAACCACCAAGCUCAUUAUAUUUAACUCACUUUCACUAAAAGCACUGUACAGUACCCAGCCAAUGCCAUUUCACUCAACUAUACUCAAUCGCCUCAGACAGUCUUAUGCUUUUGUAGUUUCGCUUAGUUUUUUUAUUUUAAAAAAUGUGGUAGUGAGUGUGGUUUUACUGACAUUGUGCCUAAGCUUGCUUCUGGCAUCUUUGCCACAUCAGUUGACUUUUUAUUUAAUUUAAAAGAUAAGUGGCUUAUUUUAUUAAUUAUCCUUUUCAUAACAUCUAGAUAUUGUUUGUUAUUAGUAUUUAACAGUGUUAUGAUGAUAUUUCCAUGUCAUACCAGUCUGUAAUGCUUUAAGAAUAUAUUGAUAUGAAGUACAGUGUAUUGAAUUGGUCAUUUGAAAUGCAUUUUUUUAAUGAACUAUUAUUUUAGAAUGAAUAUUGUUUUGUUUUUGCAAGAUGUUUAUGAAUUCCAAUAACUCGUUGCACAAGGUAUAGCUUAUUCCACUGAUUUCAGCUGUAAAUAAAUUCAACAGUAACAAAAGGA